GUCAGGCCCGUCUCUAAAGUUCCCAUCCUACACAAAGAAAAGAAAUAAUAACGCAUGUCGCGAGAAACCCAGGUCGACUGAACAAGUCGCCAAAUCGGUAAACUGCCAGUAGAGACGCCGCCGCCGCCAGAGUCCAGACACCGCCGGACGCCGAGCCACCAGCCUCCAGGUUGACCCAGGCCCAAAUAUUGGGCCGGCCCAGAAUUGAUUCAUUCCCGUUCUGAAUUUCCUUCCGGGUGCGGCGUUUGGGCCGCCCGUUGGGUAUCAACCCAUCAGUACUUUUGCAUCAUUCGCUCACCAAGUAUAUGUCCCCUGGAGGUAUUCUUAUUGGCAUAAAGUCAAGUUAGUUCUUUGACAUCAACGUCUAUUGUCUCAUCAAUCUCCGUUGAAUCACUCUUUCCCACAACUUUGUUGCAUGACUCAUGAGCUUGAUUCCUCUGUAGUUUUCACAACUCUAAGUAUUAUUUGUAUUCUUGGAAACAUUAAUCAAAAUGUUUUUCAUCUAUUCGUUAAACAUCUUCAAUUCCUAGAUCUUAGAGCCUCGUUAAAAAACUUAGUCAGCCACCAAAUGCAUUUUCCUCUAAACCUUUCUAAACUUCAAUUGGGAUGUUGUUUGGACCACUGCUUUGCUAUUCUUCAUAUAUUUUUGGGCCUCUAAGAUCAAAAAAAUGUUGUCAAAUACCCCUAAUUCUAGAACAAUAAUAAUUAUUAUUUAAGUGCUUCCUGCAACAACCUACAUGACUCAACAUGUAAUAGUGGUGAUAAGUGACCUCCCGGUGACAACUACGGAAGACAAGGGCAAAUGGCGAAGCAACAUCGGUAGCUAGCAACCACCGAGCAACGAAAAAAGGUGUUCCCUGCAUUAGUCUUCUGGUACGGGGUACCUCAUCAGCUAGAUUCCCACCGGAUUGUUCUCGCCAUUGUUGGGGAGGAACGAAGGGUCAGCGACCAACACAGAUACCUGCGACAACCCACGAAGCUGCCUGUGACUAGUUUAACGCAGAGGCAUUUAGAUGAACUACAGGAAGCCACUAACCUUGUUUCAAGAACUGGUGAAGUCGCGGGGGCGUUUGCUUGGUUUGGAUGUGGGAGAUAAGUAUGUCGGUCUGGCUGUUUCUGAUCUGGACAAUACACUAGCGUCGCCUUUGAGUGUGCUUGUUCGCAAAAAGUCGAAUAUUGACUUGAUGGCCACGGAUUUCCAGUCUCUUAUAUCUAAGCUUUCUUUGGAGGGAUUCAUUUUUGGCUACCCUUUUGAUCACCAAAAAAAUAACCGAGAUGCUGUGCAAGUUAAACUUUUAAUUGAUGACCUUUCUGAAACUGGAAAACUUGACGGUGUAAAAUAUACUUUUUGGGAUGAAAGCUUCACAUCAAAGAGUGUAGAGAUGUUAUUGAAGCCCUUGAAUAUGCACCCUGUUCAGUCGAAGACCAUACUGGACAAAUUUGCUGCUGUUGAAAUACUUCAGGGGUAUUUGGAUUUUGUCAACAGAGGCGAUAGGCUAAAGUUAGAAAGAGGGGAUGCGAAUGCCAAAAUAUGGAGUGAUGAUUCACGGGGAGAAUGAAGAAGAGUCCUCUUGUCAUCACCCAACCUUCAAUGCCAUGUUGACUAAAGGCCACAUAAACCCCCCAAUAUCAUGUUAUAUUCUUUAUUAGGUCAUAACUUCUCUCCAUUCUCUCGUGUCACAAUUUUUCUCAAAAAAAAAAAAAAAAAAAAAACUCACACCUCAAGU